UCCACCACCAUGGCAGAAACAGCAUCGAGCGUACCAAUGCGCCCAUCUCAGCAUGGAGCCUACAUGAUCCGGAAACUCGUCUCCGACCUACCUCUCUCCGCCGACGGUAACCAGUCGGCCGAUGUGCGCAUUACCUGUGUGCAGGUAUGGAAUGGCAAUCUAUACGUAGGCACUUCGGCCGCAGAAGUCCUCCACUUCGUCCUGCUCCCGCCCGAAUCCAACGAUCCCGCCGAAGAACCUACGGCCAUCAUCGCCUCGCGCCUCGAACCCACCUACAACAACGACAUUGGCGCAGGCGUCCAGGAGAUCCUGCUGUUGCCUCAAGUCAACAAAGCAUGCAUCCGCUGCAACAACUACCUAAGCUUCUACACCUUGCCCGAGCUGAGCCCAGACUCCAACACGAAGCCCUUUACAUGUUCAUGGAUUGGCGGCGCAGAUCUUAAUGCUGCCUAUGGCUCAGGAGAAGAGGGCGUGGUCGUCAUGGUUGGCCAGAAGAAUAAGGUCCGGAUGGUGAGGAUAACGGAAGACGCUCCUCCCAGGGCCCUCAAAACAAUUGAGUAUGGAGGCUGUCUCGUCUCUGUUCGCCGCCAUGACUUUGCCUGUACAGCCGACGCUCACUCGUACGCGCUCCUGGAUGUGGAGAAUCAGCAGAAGAUAGGCUUGUUCCCCAUAUCGUCUCUGGAUCCAGAAGCUGGCGAUGUUGGCGGAGCUGCCGAGGACAUUGCAGCCACCAUGCAACCACCCUCAAGAAGCGUGUCGUCUGCGAGUGUCCAGCCUCGAGCUUCACAGGAAGAGCAGAGAGGUCAUGCUAGGAGCACAAGUCUUGGACUCUUCGGUAACAGCGGACCCAGCUCUCGCGCCAACAGCCCUCGACCACCCCAAGGCCAGAGGUUUGGCUUCGAUGUACCCGAUACUCUUUCAAGGGCCAUGUCCCCGGCUCAGUCUCAUUCGCCAGCGCGGUCCGCUUCACGAUCUCAACCAGAGCAACAUCCUGAGAGGAUCUCGAGUCUCUCAAGCACAGGUCCCGCGCCGACCUCUGACAAGCCGUUACCCCCUGGUCCUCCUGCCCAUCAAGAUGCCCCCCUUCCUGAAUCGAUGCCUUCGGCUCCAUCUUUCACUCCUCUCAAACCGCAUGUUGCCUCGCCCACACCCACAGAGUUUCUCCUCACGGUAGGAACCACACCAUCAGAAGCAGGUGUAGGCAUGUUUGUGAAUCUCGAUGGAGAUAUGUGUCGUGGAAGCAUCUCAUUCUAUAGCUAUCCUGACGCCAUUGUGGUCGAUGGAGCUGGCAUUGACAUGUCGACUUCAAUGGAUCCAGAUACUGAGCCUGAUGCCGAAGAAGGCUACGUUCUGGCUGUGGUUCACCACGAUGAAGAGGGCAAGAAGAGCUAUGGGGUGGAGGUACGAAGGUGGGACAUCGAUCCCGCUGAAGGCGACGAGCACAAGGAAUGGCUUGAUCUUAGCUCACUUGGCCUUGCUUCGGAGAACAAAAUAGGCCUCGUAAAUGUACCGUUGGGCCUCAGGACCGUAGCAGAACCCACCGAUCUUGUCCUUUCCGAAGUUGGCUCUAAACUCAUGGUGAAGCGUUUACAAACCUCGUCUACGCCGCGGUCUGAUCCGUCAAAACAGAUCAGUUCAGGGAAACCCCCUCAAGAGAAAGCAGACAUCGAAUUCAGCGAGAGAUUAUCAAAAUUGCAAACUCAAACGGUGCUUUGGGCAGGGAAUCACAUAUGGUGGACAGUCCGAAGCCCGUUAGUUGUCAGGCUGGACGCUCGCCUACAAGAAGCACAAUCUACUCCUACUGGUAACGGUGUCCGCAUCCAACCAGUCCGAAACCUGCUCGAGACUGUUCUUGGGGACAUUAGAGGGCAACAGGCUCGCAAUGAAUCCGAAUAUCUGAGUCUCAUAUAUAUACGCCAAAAGGCAUCCGUCUUGCUCUUGAUGGAUUUGGUCCUUCGGAGUAGCACAAACAUCAUCAUUUUUGAAAGCGAGAAACGCAUUACAGAGCAGGCGCUCGUUGAUGGUGAGAUUGAUCCCCGAGUUGUUCUGUCUGUGCUCCCGGUCCUACAUCAAGAGGUCCUACAGGGGGAGGAGGGUAUCCAAAUAUCUGGCGGUAUUGCCCAUCUAGUCGAGCAAUUUUUACAACAAAAUGACCUGGAGUCGAUGCCAGCUGACGCCAGAGGACCUUUUGGGGACAACCUCCUUUAUGUAGUGAAGAAAUACUUGCUAUUCUGGAAGAGACGGAAAGGCAUGGCAAGCGUAACAAACGAUCCGUAUGUGUUCCAGAGUAUAGACGCUGCUUUGCUACGGAUUCUUCUGCUGUUGGAUCAAAAAAGUCCCAGAGGACCUGCAACAGCAGGAUCAUUAAGAGCAGAGUUGAACGAACUUGUAGACAACGACGUUGAAUGCUUCGACCGGGCUGUGACACUUCUUGAAGAAUUCAAAAGAUUAUACGUUCUCAGCCGGUUUUAUCAACGCAAUAUUAAGACGAAUACGAAAGCCUCCAAGGUGCUCGCCACUUGGCGGCGCAUUAUCGAAGGCGAGACAGAUACCGGAGGUGAACUCGUGGAUGGAGAAGCGGAGGUUCGCAAGUAUCUUAUAAAGAUCCGAGAUCAAGCUUUGGUCGAAGAAUACGGGGGUUGGCUUGCAAGUCGAAAUCCAAAACUUGGUGUCCAAGUCUUUGCCGAUGAAAACAGUAGAGUCAAAUUCGAGCCCACACGCGCUGUGGCUGUAUUGAAAGAGAAGGCUCCGAGUGCCGUCAAAGAGUACCUGGAAUACCUGGUAUUCACACAGAAACGCGUGGAAUAUGCAAAUGAACUCAUUGCCUUCUACCUCGACGCCGUCGUCACACAACUGGAGAACUCGCCGUCAACGCGGGAGACUCUACUCCAGAGCUACGAAACAUACCGCAUCUUAGUCCCUCCCAAACCAACCUACCGUCAGUUCAUCACCGACAACUCUUUAGGCGUCGAAUGGUUCCACUCCCGUCUACGCCUUUUACAGCUUCUAGGCUCCAAGCACGCAGUGGCAUCUUCCUAUGAUGUCCCUUCCAUCCUCGCUCGCUUGCAACCCUACGAGCAGGAGCUCGUCCCCGAGAUGAUCAUCUUAAACGGAAGACAAGGCCGGCAUCAAGAAGCUUUGAGAUUACUUACCCAUGGACUCGGCGACUUUGACACGGCCAUAUCAUAUUGUCUCUACGGCGGUUCCUCCAUCUUCCGUCCAUCGAACUCGGGUUACGUCCCCCAAUCUGACAUCCCCUCCCAAGCAGAACAAUCUCGCCUCUUCAACUACCUUCUCCAAGAAUUCUUGCGCCUCGAAGAUCUUGCGCAGCGUAUCAAGCAAACAGGGAUCCUGCUUGAGCGGUUCGGAGGUUGGUUCGAUAUCGCCGACGUAUUGGCUUUGAUCCCGGAUGAAUGGAAUGUGGACGUGUUUUCAGGGUUCUUGAUACAGGCGCUGAGACAGCUGGUGAGGGAUAAGAUGGAGAGCGGGAUCAUGAAGGCGCUGAAUGAUGCGCAGAACUCACAGAUGAGUGCCGAGUUGGUGGAGAAGAGGGAUGAGCUGGGCCCCAAAGUUGAGAAUGUGGGGUAGAUGAUCGUAUAGCGUGUGUAUGUGUGCGGUAUGGUAUAUAAUAGAUAUUUUGUUUACUCGCUCAGUCAGUGAAUUGUCUGUCUUGUGAGGACUUUGCGUGCUGAUAGCGGAAGACUCGAACCUGAAUGCGCUCUCUUAGAACUGCAGUCGAUAUGAUGUCCUGCUCUCGCGCCGGCUUUCGUGGCGCCUGGAAAAUCCCUGCACAAUGCCGUGUGGAAAUUUCCACCUCUGAGCCAUCUCUACCUAUCAAUCUCCCUCUACUAAGUUCCCUUAGUCUGAUCAAGAGACACAUCUCGUAAGGCAGAAAUCCUCCUAGAAAGAGAUAAUAGAUCGUACAUUGCAACAGAUAUACCAAUGGACCUUGUAUCAAUAUCAGCCUGCUUACACAGAACAGCACCCUGGAUAUUUAGUUCUAUCAUCAUCUCCUCAUCAUCCACUGUCAUACAAAGAUUUGUUUUCACUACCUAGGGAUAUCAAUGCCCGAUAUCCCUCUCCACAUACCAACCUAACCUGCGAGAUACACGGCGAUGUUUACUCAUACAUCACUGCCUCUUGCCAUAACCAACAACAAACAGCAAACCAACUUCAAACCUACCAUUGCUAGCAUCACUUUUCACAGCAUUCGAGUCUAGUUGAGAUUCAAUUACGCUUCCGCGAAGCGUCACUGCUCUCUUCCAGGUCCCUGUAGUUAGUGUAGUGAUUUCAUGAUCUCCAUGUCUAGUCUUCCGAUGAAUAACUGAGGUUACAAGUGGAACUCGACAAGGAAAAGUAUUCCAAUACUGUCACAUAAACAUAUAUACUCGUUCCUGAACUUAUGUCGUUGUUCAAUGCGUGUGGCUAUGAGAUAACCCAACGCUAUGCCCAUGGGAGUAGGAAGAAGAGGAAAACAAGACAAGCACAUAAUCAACACUACAGCAGAACCGAUUGAUCAAUCAUUGAGCGCAUUUGACGUAGUGACGUAUACGACGUCCCACGAUCCAGUGGAGAUGUACGGAUUAGUAAUGUUAAGGUUAGGAACUACAGUACGCUUGUCGCCCUCUAAUAUAAGAGCUACAGCAGAGUUCGCACAAGGCUUUCUACUUCUAUUAACCCUGUCCUACCUGCCCACAAUGCCACUCAUCCUGGCACCUACCCUGACACCCACGCACCGCCGCGAACCCUUCAACAUCAAUAUUGAGAGGAUUACCAUCGAGUUUGAUCAAUCAUUAUCAGCUUGCAAAGCAAAAAUCUCCGUUAUACAAUGUCAGACAUAUCUGCUAUUUGCUAGCUACAUACUUCUACUCCUAUCUUCGCCUCUCCACUCUUGUUCCACGGCAAAUAGCCACAAACUCGCCAAUUCAUUUUAUUCCAGACACGCAAUUCCAAGCACUCGUACAGCACAGCUGACGGAAAGAUUCGCU